AUGCAGCGGCGGCUCGAGGGCAAAGUGUCCUCCUUCUUCUUCGAGUACGACACCCCCAGGAUGGUACUCGUGCGCAACAAGAAAGUGGGGGUCACCUUUCGGCUGAUCCAGUUCGUGGUCCUCGUCUACGUCAUUGGGUGGGUGUUCCUGUACGAGAAAGGCUACCAGACGGCCGACAGCCUCAUCAGCUCCGUCUCAGUGAAGCUCAAAGGGCUGACGGUGACCAAUGUGUCCGGUAUGGGCCCGCACCUCUGGGAUGUGGCCGAUUAUGUCUUCCCGCCACAGGGGUCCAGCUCAUUUGUGGUCAUGACCAACUUCAUCCUCACCACCGAUCAGCAGCAAGGACAUUGCCCAGAGCUCCCCGAGGCUGGGACAUGUCGAAAUGACCAGGAUUGCUCCCGGGGACUGUUCCUGCGCACGGGCCAAGGCAUCAAGACAGGCCGCUGUGUCUCCUUCAACACGACGAUCAAGACCUGCGAAGUCUUUGGCUGGUGUCCCCUGGAGGUGGAUGACAAGGUUCCUGAUCCUCCCCUGCUCCAAGAGGCCGAGAACUUCACCCUCUUCAUCAAGAACAGCAUCAGUUUCCCUCGAUUCAAAGUCAACAGGCGCAACUUGGUGGAGUCCAUCGAUCGCAAGUACCUGAAAACUUGCUUAUACCACAAGACGCAGGACCCCCUGUGCCCCGUCUUCAAACUGGGCUACAUCGUGAGCGAGUCAGGACAGGACUUCAGGGCCCUGGCCUCCAAGGGGGGCGUGGUGGGCAUCACCAUCGACUGGAACUGCGACCUGGACUGGCCGGUGAGAUUCUGCAAGCCCAUCUACCAGUUCCACAGCCUGUACAACGAAGGGAACAACGUCUCUCCCGGGUUCAACUUCAGAUUCGCCCGGUACUACACCAACGGGACCAACCGCAGAAACCUGUACAAGGUGUUCGGCAUCCGAUUCGACGUCCUGGUGGACGGGAAGGCUGGGAAAUUCGACAUCAUCCCCACCAUGACCACCAUUGGUUCUGGGAUCGGGAUCUUCGGGGUGGCCACGGUGCUUUGUGAUCUGCUGCUGCUGCAUAUCCUGCCCAAACGGCACUACUAUAAGCAGAAGAAAUUCAAGUACGCCGAAGACGUGGGGCCCGGACCUGUAGGGCCGGCAGAAUCUGGCCCCCGGGUCCUCGCGGGCGGGCCUGCAGGAAGGCGUGAAGACCCCAUGAUGGGUAAGUGGGCGGCCCCCACCCGGGUCGUACAUCUUGAUUACAUCUGUGUCUGUUGA